GCCACCGCAGGCUGGACCUUGGACCUCAGACACUUAAGGAGCCAUGAAGCAGAAGGAAGGUAAGCGGCAGAAAAGAGGGUCCACGGGGACCGACCCAAAUGGGACCUCCGAGCAAGGCAUUAUGCAGGGUUUGCAUGGACUCCGGGACAACACCGAAUUAACUGGGAAAUUUGAAUUCAACCCGAAAGAUGGGAUUGAUAACCCGGUGCUAUCCCUGGCAGAAGAUGCAGAGCCGGAAGAGGCUUUACAGCCCCGUUUCUGCUUUCUGAAGAAGGAAGACGGCGAGAACUUUGGGUUCCUGUUGCGCCAAGAAGCCGGCCAAAGCGGGCACAUCGUCCGCCAAGUGACGGCAGGAGGCCUGGCUCACCGGAGAGGUCUGCAGAACGGAGACCGAAUCCUUGAGGUUAACGGGGAUUAUGUUGAAGGCAUGGAGCAUUUUAAGGUUGUUUGGAAGAUCAAGCGCAGCGGGAAGCAGGUUUCGCUCACGGUUUUGGAUGGCAAUGCCUACGAACUGGCCAAAGCCCUCGGCCGAGAUGUCGCCCAGCUCCUGCCGGCUCACAAAAGGCCACAGCUGUGCUGUAUCGCCAAGGACCAAAGCGGCUUUGGCUUCAGUGUUUCGGCUCCUGAAGGGGUGAAGGGCACAUUCCGGCUUUCGGUGCCAAAGGAUGGGCCAGCUUAUAAGGCAGGAGUCCCAGAUGGCGCAUGGCUUUUGGAGCUCAAUGGCAUCAGCGUGGAGAGAUGGACUUCUGCGCAACUAAACAAAAAGCUCAAACACAGCAGCAACCCAAUGGGGCUUUUGGUGAUCGAUGCCGAAUCGGAGGAAUUCUAUCGCCAGCGGGGCAUUAAAGUCACCGCUGCCAUGGCGGAGGCAUCCCUGGUUCCAUUUGAAGUGAGGAAGCUGGAGAUGGUGAGGGGUCCAGACGGCUAUGGGUUCUUGCUGAAAGAAGAAAAACGUUGCUCUGGGAAGAGAGGGCAGUUUUUGAGAGAGGUGGAUGCUGGGCUUCCGGCCGAGAAGGCCGGGAUGAGAGACGGCGACCGCCUCUUGGCCGUCAAUGGGGAGAACGCUGAGGAUCUGGACCAUCAGGAGAUGGUGAGGAGGAUCCGGGCCGACAGCAGCCGGGUGACCCUCCUGGUCAUUGAUGCGGAAGGGAGCAAGUUCUACGACUCGGUUGGAGUAUCACCUCUCCUUUUCUACGAUGAAGCAGACCCUCCAUCAGGACAGCUUCCAAGUCCCACCUUCUCUCCUCCCAGCAUGCUUCAGGAAAACAGCAUCCCUGCCUCGACAGCCUGCCUCCGCCACCCACGGACGGGCUCCCAUGGUGAUGAACGGCCACCCUUCCAGCCUGGUCAAGAUCCAUGGUCUUCCACGCAAGAGGGCCAUGAUGGACUGACGCAGGCCUUUUAGAAGCUGCCCAGCCACGAUCACCGAAGAUGCAGUUAUCCGUUCCAGCUAUACAUUAGGUCCCGGAUAGAAUCCUUUGUUUUUUUGCACAAAUGCUCAUGUUGCAAUCUGACCCUCUUGACUGUCCAGUCUGGUUUUUGUUUUGCAUCAACAGCUGCCUCAUGGAUCUCUAAUAAUAUUUCCUGCAGACGGAUGAGGAAUCUACGAAAUGUCUCUGAAACCAAGAGGAGACAAUCCUUUUUACCUUGGGGCAUUGGUUCUACAACCCAAAAGGGAAGAUGUCUUGUAAUGCAAGUGUGACUUUCUUGCUCCCAGUCAGCUUUAUGAGCAAUGUACAGAGUUAAACUAAAGAUAAAUGUAUCUCUUUUAUUGAAAUAUCACCAUUAGAAGCAACAGAUCGGAAGGCUGUGUGGAACCGAAAUACUUCCAACACAGUCCAAUGUGCCAAAAGGCAUCUUUGAUUCAGACGAAUAACGGCACACAGAAAUACAGUAGAGUCUCACUUAUCCAACAUAAACGGACCGGCAGAACGUUGAAUAAGUGAAUAUGUUGGAUAACAAGGAGAGAUUAAGGAGAAGCCUAUUAAACACCAAAUUAUGAUUUUACAAAUUAAGCACCAAAACAUGUUAUACAACAAAUUUGACAGAAAAAGUAGUUCAAUAAGCAGUAAUGCUAUGUAGUAGUUACUGUCUUUACGAAUUUAGCACCAAGAUAUCACGAUGUAUUGAAAACAUUGACUACAAAAAUGGCUUGGAUUAUCCAGAACGUUGGAUAAGUGAGACUCUACUGUAGUUAUAUUUAUACGACACCUUUUCUCCAAUGGGCUUGAGUCUUUCCUUUAUCCCCACAACAACCUUGUGAGGUAGGUCAGACUAAGAGAGAAUAGCUGCUGUAUGGUUGUUGAGUAAAUUUCAUGGUUCAGUAGAACAUAUAUCUUGCAAGUCCCAAACCAAUUGUUCCUGUACUACAUUGAUGAGUGACAGCCAUGAUAGCAAUGGUCAGGACAAGAACUUAAAUGCACUCUGCACACUUUCAGAGACACAAUAAUUAUUAUAACCUGAACAUUUUUUAAUUUAGUCUCUGUUUCAAGUGCAACACAAAGCUGUGAUGAGCAUGUCAGAACAAUCCUUCACAUCUCCAGAGGUCUGAGUCCAAACUCCUUGAGCCGCUCCUUGUACUCCAAGUGGAUGCCAGUGGCCUCCUUCUCCCAGCUGAGCUUGACCGCCUGCAUUUUGGACACCACCUGGUCCAAGCUGGCCUGAGGACAGAGGAGACCAAAGCUAGUAUUGACCACAUGUCACCGUCAAAAGUUUGGAACCACUCCAAGUUUGGGAGAGACCAUAUUCUCAUAAGAAAAACUUUGCGAUCCAAUGCUGCUCAAGAAAAGAGAAAUGCUCUGGCUUUACAAGCAGAGUAUGUAGAUAAUCUGUGGCAUUAACUAUGAGGACAAGACUACUCUGUUCUCAAACAUCUCUGAAUUUGAUGCUUCUUGUUGCAGUGGUUGUGUGUCUUCAAGUCAUUUCUAACAUAUGGAGUCCCUAUGACAAAACUAUCAUGGGUUUGAUGUGUUGUUGAAGGCUUUCAUGGGGAAAUCACUGGGUUGCUGUGAGUUUUCCAAGAUGUAUGGCCAUGUUCCAGAAGCAUUCUCUCCUGAUGUUUCACCCACCUCUAUGGCAGGCAUCCUCAGAUGUUGUGAGGUCUGUUGGAAACUAGGCAAGUGGGGUUUAUAUAUCUGUGGAAUAAUGUCCAGGGUGGAAGAAAGAACUCUUGUCUGCCUGAGGCAAGUGUGAAUGUUGCGAUUGGCAAGCCUGAUUAGUACUGAAUAGCCUUGCAGGUUCAAAGCCCGGCUGCUUCCUGACUGUUGGAAUCCUUUGUUGGGAGGUGUUAACACAGAAAUGCUGGACCACUCUAACUGCCACCAUGCCAGACUAUACACAGAAGUCAUUUAAAUCCGCACACAUGUGUACAAUGUCAACAGAAGUGAGGAAACCACAACAAUGGACAAACCCCAAACCACCCCAUUAAUCAUGUCUCACUAGCAUUCUUUGGCAUUUAGAAGAUAAAAUGCUCAAUCUGAUUAACUUUUGUUAUUAAAAAGGUCCCUGUGUUGUCGAAGGCUUUCAUGGCCAGAAUCACUGGGUUGCUGUGAGUUUUCUGGACUGUCUGGCUAUGCUCCAGAAGCAUUCUCUCCUGACGUUUUACCCACAUCUAUGGAAGGUAUUCUCAGAUUUUGUGAGGUCUAUUGGAAACUAGGCAAGUAGGGUUUAUGUCUGUGGAAUAAUGUCCAGGGUGGAAGAAAGAACUUGUCUGCCUAAGGCAAGUGUGAAUAUUGUAACUGGCUGCCUUGAUUAGCAUUGAUUGGCAUUGCAGCGUCAAAGCCUGGCUUCAAGACCUCAGAGGUUGUGAGGUCUGUUGGGAACAAGCAGGGCCAGCUAACACCUCCCAACAAAGGAUUCCCCAAGGCAUUCUGGAGCAAUGAUGGGAAUAAUUUUAUUGUCAGCAAUGAAAUACUAAACCAACCCUGUUGCCUUUCCCUAAGACAACGUUGUCCCUGUGCUUUGCUCUCCAUCCAACUCACAUGCAGGAUUUUUUCAUAUUCGGUCUCCAUCUGGUCAAUCUUGCGUUGCAUCUCGGCAAUGGCCAAGUCCUUCUCUUCCACCAUCACCAUAUUGUCCCGUUGGCUUUGCUUCAGCUCUUCUUGACAAGCAACUACCAAGCAAAAAGGAGAAAAUAAUAGAAGUAUGGAAUAAUAGAAGAUAUGGCAAGGAAAGCUGAGCAGACAAUAAUAAAGGAGGCAGAAGGAAACAGGACCUAAGACAACAUUUUGAGGAUAUGGCAAUGAAUACCUGGAGUAAGGAGUAUGCAGAAUUUAAUAAUAAAUUUAUUAUUAUCUCUCCCUGAUGAAUUUAUCUACUCAAAAGGGUUAAUUUUCAGUUUUCCAGUGACAAAAUCGGGACAGUUUUGUAAACAUUGGAAACGGACAAACAACCCUCAGAUUAAUUAUUUUCUCAGAAUGAAAGUUUUACUUGCUCAGAAUGACAGGAAGUGUAUAUAUGACGUUUCGCAUAUAAGAAAACAACAAUUCCUGGAUGUGCUGUAGACAAACACAACAAUUACAUGCCAGAUGCUUUUCUAUUCCUUCUGGAUGCAGAGGAGCAUUUGGCUUUGUGUGUGCAAUGAUAAUACAAUGUAGAAGAGGUAAGUAUUUUAAAAACAAAAUGAAGGUUAAUGCUCAAAUAUGCUGCUAGCCUAGGAAUUAAGAAUGUGACUGUAUGAUAUGAUUUCUCUCUGAAGAAUACAUUUUCUUUUUAUUAGGACA